ACGAGUAUAUUUUCAGGAUGUGUUGGAGCUCCUUUGCUGUGCAAUAUGAUCAAACUUGUAGACGUGCCUGAACUGGGAUAUUUCAAAAAGAACAAUAUUGGAGAGGUAUGUUUAAAAGGUCCAAAUGUGUUUAAAGGUUACUUAAAGAAUCCACAGAAAACAUCUGAAGCUAUAGACGAAGACGGCUGGUUGCAUACUGGCGAUGUCGGUACAUGGUUACCGAAUGGUACUCUUAAAAUAGUGGACCGAAAAAAGCAUAUAUUUAAACUGGCACAAGGAGAGUACAUCAUGCCAGAAAAAAUAGAAACUAUUUAUUCAGCUAGCCCAUAUAUCUCACAAAUACUAGCUCAUGGAGACAGUUUACAGAACUAUCUUGUAGCAGUUAUAAUUCCUGAAAAGCAUGAAAUUUUGACAUGGUGUAGAGAAAAUUCUAUAGAUGGAACUUGGACUGAAAUCUGUAAAAAUAAAAUUGUAAAAGAGCAUAUUCUGGACAACAUGAAACAAGUUGCCAAAGCAGGCGGACUUUUAUCUUUUCAACAGGUAAAAGAUAUAUAUAUACAUCCAGAAUUGUUGACAGUGGAAGAUGGUCAUCUUACUCCAACUCAAAAAACAAAAAGAGACAUUGUACGAAAAUUCUUUAUGAAAGAAAUUGAUACCAUGUAUAAUAUUAAGAAUUAGAUUUUAAAAAAAUCAUUUUUUUCGUAGGUAGUUUUAAAGAAAAAAGUACGAGGAUGUUUCAAUUGUCAUGUGCAUUUAGUUAAGACUGUUUUUGCAUUAUUUUUUCAUUUUAAUUUAUUGUUUACUAGUUCAUAGCUAUACUCAAAAAAUUAUCUAUGUUUUUUAUCAAUAAAAAUAAAACGGUUAUACA